AUGAGAAUAUUUUGCCAUGCUCUCCGGCUAGCACCCGGCGCUUACAGGUUACCCGAGCUUGUAAGUGAGAAAUUAGUUACCGAAGACUGUAGAGGGGCGGGUAACCAGGCCUCGAUAUUAGUAAAUGCUACUGGUCUGAAAGACAAUAACAAGAAGCUAAUACAGCAAGCAUUCCACCCUGGCCUCUUUAUAUCAAGGCCAAGAAGUGUAUCACUGAGCUCCAUGUCAGAAAGAGUACCAACCUUAAGAAUAACAAAAAGGAGAAAAGUAUCUUCACCGUCACCAGACAGAAUAAUCAUCACUAACAAAUUCAGUGACCUUCCCAUCGAACAAAAGGAAGACAACAUGGAAAUAGUGAAGGAAACUGUUAAAAAAGUUACCAAACCAUCACCUAUUAUUCUCUAUGGCAUCGAAGACGUAAACAAGCUAACAGAACUGCUAGAAAACGUCGCUACAAAAGCGGACUUUAGUUACAAAAUUGUUAACCAAAACCAACUGAGGAUCAACAGUGUCAAUGCAGAAGUAUAUAAAAGCAUUAUAGAUAUUGUAGGGAAAAUGGGCUCAUUGGACAUACAUUUCACAAAAAAGAAAAUCGUUCAGAUAGAAUUGUAA